GAAAAUAAAUCAAACUGCGAAUCUGUUGGACUCGUUCUUUUCCGUUUCAGUCUUUCUUCUUCUUCUUCUUUCUUUCUCCAGAGAGAGAGAGAUAGAAUGGAGGGCGAACCGGCAGCUCUGCUUAAAUGCCAGCGAAUCGGCUGCAACGCCACCUUUUCCGACGACAACAACCCCGAAGGCUCUUGCCAAUACCACGAUGCGGGACCUAUAUUUCAUGAUGGGAUUAAAGAGUGGAGUUGUUGCAAGAAGAGAAGUCAUGAUUUCAGCUUGUUUUUAGAAUUAGAAGGAUGCAAGACUGGUAAACACACAACAGAUAAACCAGUUUUGGCAAAGCCGAAACCUAGGACUCCGGUUUCCGUUCCUGUGUCAGCUCCUACAGCUGAUGCAUCAUCAAAACAGUCCUGCGCUAGGUGUCGACAGGGUUUCUUCUGUUCAGAUCACGGUUCACAAGCCAAAGAAAUGAAUUCAAAGCCUGUAAAUGUAGUUACAACACCACUUACUGAAAGCAUUACAGAUGAUCAAGGCACUUCUGCACCACCAAAAAAGAUUACAGACAUAAACCAGCCCCAAACUUGUAAAAAUAAAGGUUGUGGUCAAACUUUUAAAGAGAAGGAUAACCAUGAGACGGCAUGCAGUUACCACCCGGGCCCUGCUGUUUUCCAUGACCGAGUGAGAGGGUGGAAGUGCUGUGACAUUCAUGUAAAGGAAUUUGACGAGUUUGUGAACAUCCCUCCAUGUACCAAGGGUUGGCACAAUGCUGACCCAGUCCCUUAAACAGCAGUGGGGAGGUUGUAGCAUUUGAUUUUUUUUGGGAUAAUCUCUUCUGUACUGUAUUUUGCUUAUUGAACUGCUACACAUUCUUCUUCAGUUGUCAUCCUGAAUGUUGAACUUCUGUUCUUAGCUCUUUCUUGAGACUCGGCAUGCUAAGUUGUGAAUCUGCUAUCUUGCU